AUGCGCUCUUUCGUUGCAAUCACAGCUUUACUGGCCGGUCUCACCCAGGCUGCGCCCAAACACCCAGAUCGCAACAAUUACAACCUCAAUGCCCUUGCACAGGCUCAGGGUAAACAAUGGUUCGGCACAGCUGCUGAUAUCCCCGGCACGGACGAGACGACCGAUGCUGCGUACCUGAAGAUUCUGAAAAAUCAGUUCGGCGAAAUUACUCCGGCUAAUGCGCUCAAGUUCAUGUACACAGAGCAAGAGCAAAACAAGUUCAACUUCACCGAUGGCGACUAUUUCAUGGACCUAGCCGAGCGCUACGACUCCAAAGUCCGCUGCCACAAUCUUGUCUGGAUGAGCCAGGUGUCAGAUUUCGUCACCUCCAAGACCUGGACCGCCGAGGAGCUCACCGCAGUUAUGAAGAACCACAUCUUCAAGACGGUGCAGCACUUCGGCAAGCGCUGCGCCUCGUGGGAUGUCGUUAAUGAAGCCAUCAACGGAGACGGCACCUUCUCGUCCAGCGUCUGGUACGAUAUUAUCGGUGAGGAAUACUUCUACCUCGCUUUCCAGUAUGCGCAGCAGGCCCUGGCUCAGAUCGGUGCAAAUGAUGUACAGCUCUACUACAAUGACUAUGGUAUUGAAAACGCUGGUACCAAGGCAGAUACUGUUCUAAAGCUUGUUAAGAAUUUGCGCAAGCGCGGAAUUCGUAUUGAUGGUGUCGGUCUUGAGUCUCACUUUAUCGUCGGCCAGACGCCUACGCUUGCCGAUCAACUCGCUACUAAGAAGGCUUAUAUCAAGGCUGAUUUGGAUGUUGUUGUCACGGAACUCGACAUUCGCUUCGCGGAGGAGCCGUACUAUACUGCUGCUGUGCAGAAACAACAGGCUGCGGACUACUACCUCACUGUUCAAAGUUGUCUUCAGGCUGGACGUCGCUGUAUUGGUGUUGUUGUUUGGGACUUUUAUGAUAAAUACUCUUGGGUGCCUGAAACCUUUGAAGGUCAGGGAGGUGCCACUCUUUUCAAUGAUACCCUCCAGGCUAAACCGGCGUAUUACGCUGUUGUGGAGGCGCUUCAGGGCAAGAAGUGCACUGUUUGUUAG